AUGAACUCGUCGACUUACUGUGUAGCCCAGUUGAACAUGAAUGGGAACCACCUCGUUCCUGAUCAGAUACUGGACUACAGCAGGGCUAACGGGGUUGAGGUGCUUCUGCUUCAGGAGGUACCGACCUCGGGUAACAGACUUGUAGGAUUCGACUACAGUGCCGUCAGGACGGUUCUCAGCUGUAAGGAAGGUAGUGCAAGGGCAGCCAUAGUUGUUCUAAAUCAGGACAUCGAGGUGGUCGCCUUGCAGGGGCUCAGCGAUAGACACUUCGCCGUGGCUAGCCUUAGGAAAAGGCAUGGCCAGGCGGUCGUUUUCGUGUCGGCUUACUUCAAGUACAGCAUCCAGACACACAUCUUUACGGCUAGGUUAGGUUUAAUCUUGGAUAGUAUCGACCAGGAUAUUGUGAUAGGUGCUGACGUGAACGCGCACUCGCCGCAAUGGUUCAGUCGGCCGGGCAACAACACGGGUUCAGCCCGUGGGACCCACGUCGAAUCCCUGAUUGCGGAGAAACACUUGACGGUGCACAACCAGCCAGGCCGCCUCGUCACGUACGAGAGGCACGGAAUGGGGUCAUCGAACAUAGAUGUGACUCUGACGAGAGGGGGUUCCUUGGUGAACUCCGUUUCUGAGUGGGACGUGCUCGAUAUCACCGAUAGCGAUCACAGGACCAUCAGAUUCAAGAUCCGAAUCGGAUCAGGACCAGAAGGGCCCGCAAUAGGGAAACGUCGAUUCAAUACUAGGAAAGCCGAUUGGGAUAGGUUUAGGUGGGUUCUGGCCCAGAAGGUUCUCGGUGACCCUGAGACCAUGGUGGGCGGGUGCGAUGUCGUCGCUGGUGCUCUAACGCGAGCCCUCGGGCAAGCGAUGGAGGCCUCGAUGCCACGCUCACGCAAGUCCGCUAGGAUAAAACCGCCGUGGUGGGACGCUGGACUCGAAGAGUCCAAGAGGCGUCUCAAUAACUUCAGGCGCACCAGGGACUACAAAGUCGCGGAUAGGGAUCAAUUCAGAGUGCUCAGGAACGAGCAUCUGAAAAAGAUUAGGAGGGCCAAGAUGGAGUCGUGGAGGAAGUUCGCUACCUCCAUAAACUCGGACAUCUGGGGCCCUGUCUAUCGUUGGGCUAGGAAUGGUUCUUCUAAGAGUAGGAUUCCAAGCUCCGUGCUCCGGGAAGACGGAACCUUCACGGUGACGGCUUUGGAGACGGCUGAGUGUCUGUUGGAGAGUCUCAUCCCCAGGGACGUGACUGCUCCCAUCUUCGAACAUGGCAUUGUUGAGAGAGAGAGGCCGGAGGUCACGGAGGCGGAGGUUAAGAGGGCCGUCUGGAGGAUGGCCCCUAACAAAGCUCCGGGAUUGGACGGUAUCACCGCCGGGGUUCUCAGGAAGGCCUGGGGCGUAAUAGGCACGCCGCUAACCAGUGUCCUGAGAGAGUGCCUUAGGAGGUCGGUCUUUCCGGAUUGCUGGAAGACUGCUGAGGUCGUGGUCAUCAGCAAAGGUCAGGAUAGGGACCCGAGCCUUCCUAAGUCAUACAGACCGGUUAGCUUGCUUUCGGCACCGUCAAAAGUGCUGGAACGGCUGGUGGUGGACAGACUUGAGGAAGAGACGGGGGGAGCUCUGUCAGAGGAGCAACACGGUUUCAGAGUCGGCAAGUCUACAAUCAGCGCGAUCAAGUCGUGUCUGGAUUGGGUGGACAACAGUCAGGAAAUGGUGGUAGGUGUUUUCUUAGAUAUCUCAGGCGCUUUCGAUAACCUGAGAUGGAACAUAUUGAUUAGGGACAUGAUGACUCUGGGCGCAUCAGAUGCGACCAGAUCAAUCAUACAAAGCUAUCUGACGGGCAGGAGGGCGGUGCUCUCGGUGGAGGGAGCGACAGCAUUCGCGGAUCUCACCAGAGGCUGCCCUCAAGGCUCACAGCUAGGGCCAAGUCUUUGGAAUUUGUCGAUGGAUAGGGCGUUGGUCACCAACAAUGAUGACAGGGUUAAGCUGGUCGCGUAUGCGGACGACCUCGCGGUUCUCAUCGCAGGUUCCGACAUCUUGGACAUUCAAGGACGAGCCAGAGCGACGCUCGGCGCUUUACGCGACUGGGCGGAGCUGAGAGGUCUAACCUUCUCGGCGAGUAAGUCUCAAGCUAUCCCUCUGAAAGGCGGGUUGCGGUCGGGUUUCACCGUGCCCUUCGGGGCGCAGGAUAUCGUGGCCGUAGACUCAGUUAGGUAUCUAGGUGUUGAAUUGGACAGCAAGAGAAAUUUCUGGGCGCACGUGAGCAUCGUGGCCGGAAAGUCCGAAUCCUUGUACAGCAGGCUAAGAGCGGCAUCGUCAGCUGACUGGGGUCUUCGGCAGUCCACCUCCGCAGUAAUAUAUAGGGCGGUCUUCCUGCCCCGUAUCACUUACGCCGCGGAGAUCUGGGCUAAGGGAGUCCUCACCAAGAAGGCGAUAAAACUCCUCGGCAGCAAGCAGAGGAGGGCCCUUCGUUCUCUUACGGGGGCAUACAGUACGACCUCAACGGACGCGUUGCAGGUGGUAGCUGGGCAGCUGCCUCUCGAUUUGGAAAUUCGUUGGCAUGUGGUUAGGACUAGAAGGAAAGCUGGUCAAAUCUCAGAGGAAGAGAUGAGCGACCAGUGGGAUAGGCUCUUGGACAUCUGGCAGGAUAGGUGGGAUAGUAGCGUGAAGGGUCGGUGGACCUACGGUAUCUUCCCAGACAUCAGGAGGAGACUGGUCCUCCCACUCGAGGUGGAUCACUACGUGUGCCAAUUCCUAACGGGGCACGGGGACUUUAACUCCAAGUUGGAGUCCUUCAACCUACGGGGAGAGGCCAUGUGCAGGUGUGAGACCGAGGACGAGUCGGUGGACCAUGUGCUCUACAGAUGCCCUUUGCUCUCUGCUGAGAGAGAUAGGGUCAUCAGGCAAAUUGGCGAGGACGUCUGGCCGUGUGAGACCAAGGUGUUUAUGGACACGAGGUCGAACUACUGUGCCCUACGUCGCUUUGCUAGGGAGGCCAUCGAGGCCAAAAGAUCUUCGGACAGGUUAGGCUUAGUUCCUGGUUAG